AUGUCCUCAGGCGACCCCAACUGCGGCCUCUGCCGGGGCCAACGCUCCGAGCGCUGGUCCGACCUCCCCGAAAUCAAAUCCCACGCCGACGACGGCUGCCCCUACUGCGCCAACAUGCUCGAAGGGCUGCUCUGGCUCAUCCCGGACCUCGAAGCGCAAUUCGGCGAAGAUGCCACUUUCCGCUUCACCGGCUCCCGCGGCAUGCGCGUGUAUGCUGACCCGAACGGGUCUUUGCGGGAUACCGAGCGCAACGAGGCCGUGGAAUUGGAGUAUCGGUGGUUUAUGGUCGAUCAGCCGCAGCCGUAUGAGACCGGAGGGGAUACGAAGGCGGAGGCGAGUUUUGAGAGGGCACGGGGGUGGAUUGGGGAGUGUAUGGGGGGUCAUAAGCUGUGUGGGGGAGAUGGGGUCGCGGUGUUGCCGACGAGGGUGUUGGAUUUGGGGGAAGGGUUGAAUGGGGACAGUGAGGAGGGUAUCAAACUGGUCGAGACAGCAGCCGGCCAGGAAGGGAAGUACAUCUCGCUGUCGCACAGCUGGGGCGGUGAACACCCCUUGACCACAGUAACCACCAACCUAGCCGCGCACAAAGUCGGCAUCGCCCUAGCCGACCUCCCCCAAACCUUCCGCGACGCCGUGGUCAUCGCCCGUCGGUUGGGGAUCCACUACCUCUGGAUCGACUCCCUCUGCAUCCUGCAAGACAGCGCCUCAGACUGGGAGCACGAAGCCAGCCGAAUGGCCUCAGUCUACCGCAACUCCUGGCUAACCGUCUACGCCACGGCCUCCUCCUCCCCCAGCAGCGGCAUCUUCCGCACCCGCCAAGCAGUCUGGAUCCAAGCCGACGAGCCCGAAGACGCCGAAACGCUCGACAUCCUCUUCCCCGAAGCGGCCAAACUCCGCCAGGACCUUCGGCUAUCCCUCCGUUUCAAACCCAUCCACCCGGAUUUCUCCCCCUACGCCGACCCCCUGCGGCAAGUAUCCUCGCUCCCAUUACUCUCCCGCGCCUGGGGCUACCAAGAGCGUCUCCUCGCCCCCCGCGUCCUGCAUUUCGGCCCGCAGGAACUCUUCUGGGAGUGCAUGCAGACCCUAGACUGCGACUGCGGCGGUAUCAAGCUAGAGUCCCAGCACAUGGGCAGCUACCUCAGCCGUAACACCACCGCCGAGCUCCCGCCCAAAGUCUCCCACUACGCCGCUCUCCACGUCGGCUCCGCUUCCCUCGUCAAGUCCCAAAAGAACAACGCAUCCAAACCCUCCAAACGCCACGCCAAACUCCUAUCCCGCUGGCAAGAACUAAUCCAAGAAUACACCCACCGCAGCCUAACCUUCUCCUCCGACCGUCUCCCCGCCUUCUCCGGCGUAGCCGCCGAAAUGCUAACCUCUCUCGCCCUCCACGCCCCCGAUAGCACAACCACGACCUACCACGCAGGCAUCUGGCGCGACCUCCUCCCUCUCGCGUUACUCUUCGAACGUGGCAAUAUCACCCAGCCUGGACGGAUCAGUAUACUCGACCCGCGGCCUGCGCCCUCGUGGUCGUGGGCGGGUGUUGAUGCGCCGGUGCGGUUUUUGGUUGAUUUAGCUGGUCCACCUGCUUAUGCAAAGACUGAAAUUAGCGCGGAGGUCAUAGAGUUGGUUACUGUGCCCGCGGGGGAGGAUGUGCGAGGGAGUGUAAAACUAGGAGGGGACGCGUCGUUUUUGGUGUUGGAGUGUCCGUGUGUUGUGGCGUGGGCUUGUGUAGCGCCGGAUGGGUAUAUGGUGCCUGGAAAGGCGUGGAAGAGGAUUGGGGAUGUGGCGAAGGAUGGGAAGCAGGGGCCGGUGGAGGGGAAAUUGGGGUUGGGGUCGUUUGGGUUUGUGCAGCGAGAGCCAGGGCAAGAGCCACUGACGUUUGUGCCGGAUGUCAAGUUGUGUGAUGAGAAAGGACAGUGGCUGUGGGAGGGAGAAGGGGAAGUGGUGUGUGCGCGGGUGAUGCAGGUGGAUAACACGGGGUACUGGUUGGUGCUGCGGCGCCUUGAAGGGACCGGGGAAGUCGGGGAGGUGUAUGAGCGCAUUGGCCUGGCCAAGGACUACGACGGGAGCUGGGAGGGGAAGGGAGCGAGGAAGCAGAGGGAGAUGAAGAAGGUUAGGAUUGUGUAG